AGCAACACAAAAUCAAUUCAAUAAUCAUCAUGGAUCUAGAUUCGGAUCUGUUCGACGAAGAGGAGCAGCAGCAGGGCAGCUUCGAGCUGGCCACCAACUAUGUGAGCGGGCAGGCGGAUAAGCUGAAGAAAUCCGAUCUGCUGGACUUCUACGCGUACUACAAACAAGCCGCCGAGGGGCGCUGCAAUCAGCCAUGCCCCUCCAUCCUCCAAAUGCAGGCGCGCAGCAAGUGGAACGCCUGGAAGGCACUGGGCGACAUGUCCCGGGCCGACGCCCAGAGUGCGUACAUCGAGAAGCUGCAGGCAAUCAAUCCCAAGUGGAGGGAGGAGUGCGGCAAGUCGAAGGGCAACAGCUGGGCCGUUCACUCCAUCGAACUGAUGCCAGAGGAGGAGCUGAUGCCCGAGCACAAGAAGACCCUCUUCGAUCUAGUCAAGGAGCAGAAUCUGUCCGCCCUGCGCCACAAGAUGAAGGCGAGCGAUGCCAAUGCCAAGGAUGACAACGGCAUGGCCCUCAUUCACUGGGCCACCGAUCGCAAUGCCGUGGACAUCAUUGACUUUCUGGUGUCGUCGAUGGGCGCCAGCGUGAACGAGCUGGACUCGGAGCUGCAGACACCGCUGCACUAUGCCGCCAGCUGUGGCCACGUCGAGGGUGUGCGCACGCUACUGAGGCUCAAGGCCAGUCUGGAGCUACACGACACCGAUGGCAAUUCCUGUUUCGAUGUGGCCGACUCUAAGGAGAUUUUCAACAUGCUCAAAGCCGAAGAGCAGCAACGCCAGGCGGCCAACUGAGUUCCAGCAUCCACCACUCAACAAUAAACAGAAAUACAAAUACAAUAAAUAAAUGUGAAGAAUAAUCGCCAACUA